AUGGCCCGAUCGAGAGGCUUCGAUACUUCUGCUUUGUUUCAAGCGUUAAAGCACUCGGUAGUUAUUUGGGGAGCCGAUGAGAACCCUUCACAAGAUCACAUGCAAUCUCGAGUGAUGACAAGCUCACGCUAUGAUACUCACUUCCAUCUGAUUAGCGAGCGAGAAAAGGAGUUCAACGGACUAUUCCGCACGGGCGCCUUCUCGCCUUUACUCCUACAGCACGUCUUCGCAACCUUUGCUCUCUUGAUCAUACCGCUUGUCAUUCGCCACAGAAACUUUUACCAUUCGCGGCUUCUGCGCUACGGGUUCCAUGCCAUAAUUACAGUCCUCAGUCUGUAUACAAUCCGCGAGGUUAGGUUCCUUGGUCCUGCAAAUGGCUACGCUGUCGGUCUAAUAACGACAUGGUUUUAUAUAUGGAGUUCUACGAUGCUUAUUGCCAAUAAUGUUCAAAGGGAUUUCAAGAGGAUCGAGAAGGAACCCGAGGAGGUAACAAAGAAUACUCGUGAAAAUGACGUGUCUAAGCAGAGUGACCCGCCAGAGGCAGUCAAUCAAUGUAGGACACCUAGUCAUUCUGGACAAGUAGUGCUAAAAGUCUAUCGAUGGCAGCCCUAUCCGCAGCAAUUGUCCCAUCGUGUUGAUUGGGUUUGCGAUCUCAUUUUCAACUUCAGAGGUCCCAAUUGGAACUGGCGCCUAAGGUCAUUGCCACCUUUACCAGAAGCCGUGAUCAGAGACACAGAAGACCAGGCACGGUCUUCAAAGCAAAGGGGAACGAGAUUAACAGACUGCAAGCCCUCUGUGAGACUGCAGUAUGCAUUUCGUGCCUUCUUGCGAGAUUAUAUAGCUUUGGACUUCCUCAAACUCUUGUUGAUGCGUGAUCCAUAUUUCUGGGGCUUUGUAGACAACCCAUUACCACCGCCAUGGCCCUUUAGCAUCCUGGCCUUUUCACCAGCCCUGGUCCGCGCAUAUCGACUUACAGCUAGUCUGGCAGCUGUUCUCUUCGCACUUGAUAUCAUUACGUCGCUGAAUCCGAUUUUCUUCUUGGGGCUCUCUCUUGCUUUCCCCAGUUUUUCAAGGAGUAUCACCCACCAGCCUCUCGAUGAAGCGUGGUUGUACCCUGAGUCAUUUGGAUCCGCUGCUGCUGUGCUGGAUCACGGGUUAAUUGGUACAUGGAAUACAUGGUGGCACCAGUUGUUUCGGUUCGGGUUUUCAGAAUGCAGCCGGUUUAUAUCGGACUUGCUAUUGCUGCCAUGUAAUCAAAAGCAGGGAGACAAUAACAACAACGACGAUAACGACAAAAAUCACACGUCAUUCUACAAGUCCGCUCGACGCAUACUUCAGGUCAUGCUCGCAUUCUCGCUAAGUGGACUAGUGCACGCCAUGGGCAGCUAUACUACCUUUGCAGAUUCUCGGCCCUGGAAUGCCUUCCUAUUCUUUUUCAUCCAGGGGCUAGGAGUGCUAAUACAGAGUUUCUUCGAAAUAACUGUGAUUCCGAAAGUAAUGCCGUUAAUUUCUUCGUCACCUCCUCCUCGAUGGCUUAUCAGGACCACGAAUCUGGGUCUUGUUAUUUCGUGGUUUUAUUUCACUGGCCCCUUGAUUGCGGACGAUUUCUCGCGAUCGGGUAUAUGGAUGUUUGAGCCUCUGCCUAUCAGUCCACUGCGUGGGGGUUUGAGAUUGGGCGUUGAAGAAGAUCGGUGGUUCUGUUGGAGAGGAUCGUGGUUUGAGCGGUGGUCCGGUGAUACCUGGUGGCACAGCGGGAUACGAUUUACAUAA